AUGAUAUCUGUAAAAAGUGACACAGAGAACACUUGGACAAGUCAUUUCUUCGGCGCUGCUAAAAGACCCCAACAUGACUCUGCUUCUUCAUCUUCUUCAGCACCACCUCGCUGGAGCUAUGACGCGUUCUUGAGUUUCGGAGUUGAAGAUACCAGCAAAAACUUCACCGAUCAUCUCUACACUGCUUUGGUUCAAGCUGGAAUUCACACCUUCAGGGAGGACGAUGAACUCCCAAGAGGACAAGUCAGUUCUUCGGAGUUGCUAAAAUCAAUCGAAGAAUUGAGGAUCUCCAUUGUUGUUUUCUCCAGAAACCACGUUUCUUCGAGAUGGUGCCUUGAUGAGCUCGUGAAGAUCAUUGAAUGCAAGAGAACACUUGGACAAUUACUUCUCCCAAUAUUCUACGAUGUUGAUCCGUCGGACGUAUGA